CAGCGGCAGUUCCGAUUUCGAGGACUACGCUCUCUGGUGCCGUUGCUAAAUGGCAGAUGCAAAUGAAUUGCUCCGACUUUUGCAAGCUCACGGCGAGCAAUUCAUGACCUCUUUCUCCAGCCAUCCCGCCCGCUCUAAUAUUAAAGCUCAACCUAGCGACACGCCACAUUCCUCAGACGAGGGAUCUGAAUGGGGAGGGAUCGACCAAAGUUCACAAGAAGAGGAGCAGGAUUCAUUAGAUGAAUACUCGGACUACAACGAUGACGAAUUCGUCCAAGGAAGUUCGACUGCUCCCCACGUUGUUAUCCAUUCAGAACCGAAGGCAGAAAAAUCCAAAGAUCAUGCUAAUGGAAAACUAUUCAUGUCCCCAAGAAUUUCGAAACUUAGGAGCGACAAAAUAGCUGAACGGAAAAUAACCGAUGAGCACGAAACCGAUGAACGGUCGAAUAUUGAGAACGAUGCGUUAUUGUAUCGUUUGGUCCACACCAAACUGCUCUCCGGAUCGUUAAGCUCCGAUCUUGAACUCACUCAUGCUCAACGUCAGAAGGCUCUCUCUGGACGCGUUCUGGAGCUUUCCGGGUCAGCGAAGCUUGGUCGAGGCGAAAAAACAGUCCGAAAUGAGGAACAUAACAAAGCGUCCAAACGAGUACGCGAAGGAUUACUAAGUAAAGAAAAGCAACGCCGCAAAGCUCGGCUCGAGGAGGCCAAGAAUCUGGGAAACUAUCACCCUAAGCUCAAAAGACUAUUCGAAGACUCUCGCAUAGAAAAGAAGCCCCAAAAACGUCAGAGAGGACUCCAAAUGGGGAUCGGUCAUUUCAGUGGAGGUACUCUGAAACUCAGUAGGGAUGAAAUCGAUAUGGUUCACGGCCAGUCGAGUAGGCAGAAACGUAGUCGCCUGCACGGUCGAAGAUAG